AUGGUGGUUUAUUGCAACAACAAGGUGGACGGCGAGAAAGGAUGGAAAAGCCCGACGAUUGAAAUGGUUAGUGACCCUAAUUUCGAGAUUAGAGACCAGGUCAUUGUCGCAACGAAUGCAUUAGGUUUAGGCAUUGACGUUCCCGACAUCCGAGUUGUUAUUCACGUCGAGGUCGUAUGGAGGUUAAAGGAUUACGGGCAAGAGAGCGGACAAGCUGGCCGUGAUGGCCAGAGCAGCGAGGCCAUCAUCAUCAUGCCUAAGCGAAGUGGGCAGCCCAGCGAGGUUGCCCGCAAGAAUGUGAAUGGUUGGAUUAACAUCUAG